AUGUCCAUGGUACAAUCUCCAAACCCCGCAAUGGGCCCCGAAAGUGGUUCGAAAGAAUCUGGAGCUGCACUUGUCGCUAGCUCUACAAAAAUAUCAGGAUCAUCCAAUAAUAAUGCCGGUGCAGCUACCACCAAUACUAAUAACAAUGGCCAAACAGUGCGUUUGAAUGUGGAGUCCAUGGUAGAGGCUUUUACCAACGUUUUGGGAAAGGAAAAUUGGAACAAAUACGCACAGAUUAUUAGUUUGUUUGUUCUCGGCAAACUCUCCAGAAAAGAGCUGGUCAACGAAAUUGACCUGAUAUUCAGUUUCCCGCAAGAGCUUCCGGGUCGCUCGAAAUCGACACAGUCUGCACUGAGUCAUGGAAAUCUGAUAAGAAUGCACAAUCAGCUUUUGCUGGCAAUUUUAGCCAACUCUUUGAGGGGAAUGCCGCUGGGAGAGUCCAGCGAAGGCACAUGGGGCUUCAACAAUGGCCCCUCUGGCGCCAACAAAAAGAGAUCAAACAAACAUAGCUCACAAAUUGAUACCUACAAGAAGAUAGUUAUGUCACUGCCUACUGAAGACCGGAGUAGACUAAAAGCCAUCACCAAGGAAGCGGGCAAACGCGGGUUCGUCUUGUGCUCGGUGCUUCAAGCACGUCUAAGCGCCAUUCCUAAGAUACCGAUUGUUACAAACCCCGAAACUUUGAAAAGAGUUAAAGCCAGUAAUUUAAAGACACCUCUAGAGUGGUCACAAGAAAUAGUCAAUGGGUUUUCAGCACCGCUGGCUACAGAGAGCUAUGCUUUACCCGAUAAUGACUCUUUGUAUCUCCGGAUGAUCAGUCUAGCCCGUGAGCAUGGGCUGGUGGGCGCCGUUGACGGCCGCUGUGUAGAGAUCAUGACUCUAGCGCUUGAGAACUACCUCAAAAAUAUAGUGGAAUCAGCAAUCGACACUGUUAGAUACAGGCGAAAAUACCAUUCUGAUUACUACGAUCUGAAUGACGAGGGAUUUUACCAAGGCGUAACAGGAAAUGAUGAGCAUGGUGUAUUGGAAGAUGGCGAACCUGUGCAUGAUUUAAGAUCAAUAUCCAAUGUGGAAUUGUCAGAAACUCUUACGAUAUACCCGAAUUUGGUAGCUCCAACCGGUGCUCAGUUAGAUUUGAACAUGUGCGGUCUGAUCAAUGAUGACGAACUUGUUGAGAUGAAAAGUAGUAUCGAUGAUCUGCCGGAGUUCCUAGAGGAAAAGCCGAACUUCACGCCUGUGGACGAUAAAAAUGUAGGCAGUGGAGAAGAACUAAAGUGGUUGAUAAAACAGAUUCUUACGAAAGGUUAA